AUGAACUCUUUAAUUGAGCUUGGAAGGCGGAUUCCGAUUGUGCUUCCGCCAGCAGACGUUGACAAAACUGCCUUAUUGGCAGGCGAGCUGACCAAUCAAAACAGGCAGAGGAGACCGCGGGACAACUCCCGCUGCCUGAGCGGCUUGACCAGACAGCUGCUGCAACUGCAUGCAGCAAGAGGUGUCACUAGUGAAAGGCAUCUGCUGAGAGAUCUGGAGCCGAAGAAGGUGGGCACUGGGAAGCAGACCGACCGUCAUACCGAGUCAGCAGCAGCCCUGGAGGAGGCCAAGACCACUGGCUCGUCUGGGAGCCCAGAAACACCCCCUGAGCCUCAUGACCCUGGCAGUUCCCUGCCCCUGACACCCCAGAUGGAGAGUCACUCAGAGGAGGAAGAUCAUGGUGGCCCGGGCCAGAACGGUAGGGGUCCUGGGGCCCACAGCCCAAGGAGCUACUCAGUGGAGGCGGUGCUGAGCCGGAAGAAGCACCGCCGGCGGCCUUCCAAGCGCAAGCGGCACUGGCGGCCCUACCUGGAGCUGAGCUGGGCCGAGAAGCAACAGCGAGAUGAGAGGCAGAGCCAGAGGGCCUCCCGGGUCCGAGAGGAGAUGUUCGCCAAGGGCCAGCCUGUGGCGCCCUACAACACCACCCAGUUCCUGAUGGAUGACCGAGACCCCGAGGAGCCUGACCUGGAUGUGCCCCGGGGGGCCUCCCACCCAGGCUCCAGUGGGGAGAGUGAAGCUGGGGACAGCGACGGGCGGGGCCAAGUUCACGGCGAGUUCCAGCAGAGGGAUUUCUCCGAGGCCUACGAGCGCUACCACACGGAGAGCCUGCAGGGCCGCAGCAAGCAGGAGCUGGUGCAAGACUACCUGGACCUGGAGCGGAGGCUGUCCCAGGCCGAGGAGGAGACGAGGAGGCUGCAGCAGCUGCAGCGGUGCGCCAGCCGGCAGUCCUGUCGCCUGGUGGAGGAGCUGGCCGCCGAGGUCGAGAGGCUCCGGACGGAGAACCAGCGGCUUCGGCGGGAGAAUGAGAUGUGGCGCCGCGAGGGCAGCCUCGGCGGUGGUGGCGGCGGGGAGCCGGGCACCUAGGAGUCCCCCCCGGCCAGGGUUGCCCACGCGGACAGUUCCGUUUCCCACGCGCUCAGGCCGGCUGGGUCUCCGGGGCGGCGGGGGGCCAGUGUAAACCGCUGCGGGCACCCUGCACUCCCUGAGAACAGCCUGACUUCCACCUCGUCAUUUCCACAGUUUGUUCUUUGAUGUCAUCUUAUUUUUCACAAAGAAAAUAAAUGGUUUUGAUGAAAUCUGAUGUAAGUGGCUGGGAUUGAUUUCACGGGGGCUCUGAAGUUCAAAGCACCUUCAUUCCACAUAGGUUCGGGACGUGGGGCCCCAGGGCCCCCUUGCCCCAGGCCCCCAGGCCGGGGAGGACAGCAGGCGUCUGCGCUGGGGACCUGUCAAGAUCUCCAGGAUGCCCCUGGCC